UGGACGAAAGCAAAGCCGCUCGCUAGCCAUGGGCGCCGAAUUGUCGUCUCCAACACCUAAUUUGGAGUCAGUCUUAGAGGGCGUCGGCCCAGACAUGCGCGGCAAACUCCCUCCGCAUUUGGCAUUGAUGACUACAAGGAAUUUGAGGUUCCAACACGUUGCAAUUUGGAGAGAUCCCUUCUUGGGCGGGACGAUUGAUCACCACACUGUGGUCUAUGAAUACUUGGAGGGCAGGCGCUUGAUGAGCCUGAAGUUAGACUGGGGUCGUGACGGAUUGCAUUUCCAUGACAGCCCAGAGGACCCUUGUCCAAAUGGAGAUGUCUUAGAACGGAAACGGCUACUCCGUCUCACUCCAGCAGAAGUCCAGAUUCAUUGGGAUGCUGUGAAGGAGAGAGAUUACGAACUCUCACGUUGGAACUGCCAGCAUUUCAGCAAGUACAUGUACGAGAAAGCGAGUGAGGGUCUGACAUGACCUGAAGCGCAGCCACAGAGCUUGAUUAGGUAGUGUACCAGUGUACCUAACAUGGCAUGGAAGACUCAUAAAGCC